UCAACCAUAAAGAUGGCGUGUCCUACCAAACAACAUGUGGACAUCGUGGAGUUCAGAAAAAGUCGACUAAACACUGUCAAGGUGAGACAAGCUGUUUUAGCAUUAUUUUCACAACAUAAACUGAAGCAACAGUCCAAUUCAACCUUAUUUAGCGAUGAAAAAUACUUGCAAAUUCAGCUUACAACAUGGAAAAUUUCUGGUGGCAAGAAAAAAUUGCUCAAAAUUAAUUUACCACAUCCAGUGCGAAGUGAUGAUGUUGAUAUUUGUUUAAUAUCAAGAGAUGAACCAGGUAAAGAUAGCGAGUCCUGCAUACAACAUGUUCAAGAUUUGUUUCAAGAGAAAGGUGUCAGUAAUAUUAAAGAGGUGAUACCAUUGAAAGACUUGAUUGCAGAGUACAAAUCAUUUGAAUCAAGGAGAAAGUUGGUGAGAAUGUACGAUAUGUUCUUGGCUGACAAAAGAAUCUUUCACAGACUUGCACCUCAUACUGGAAAGGAAUUCUACAAGAGAAACAAAUAUCCCAUCAGGGUGGAUAUGGAGAAAUUUUUUUUUCACAGCUCAAUGUGUGUUGCAACUACAGAGCACAGUGUUGAAGAUGCUGUUGAUAAUGUAAUUGCUGCAGUUGAAGGGUUAACCACGAAAAUCUCAAAUGGCUGGAAUAACAUCAAAGCGCUUCAUCUAAAAGUUGAACACUCAAUCGCACUUCCUAUUCAUGAAUCACUUGUAUUUGAAGAUUGGUGGGCCGAAAACAAAAUUUUCAAAGAAGACAUUCAGAAAAUGAAAAGGCAGUUAACUUUGGAAAAACGUACAGCAGAAACAGAUGACAAAGAAGAAGUAUCAGAACAGAAAAAAGCCAGGAAAAAAGUGAAACGUAAAACAAAAUGAAGGACUUAAAAGUCUAAGCAAAUCUAAGUCUAAUUUUUUUUAAAUGUAAAACUUUGGAACUUGCAUUAAAUAGCUGAUAAAAUUAUAAAUUAUCUCUCUUCACCUGCCUAUUUACAAUUUAAUACCCAGCUGGGGAAAAUAACCAGUAAUAAUGGGAUACCUUCAGGACCACAAGUUUCACCUAUAUCGAGGUGUUCCCUUUAUAGUUGGCCAUAGUGUUAAAAGAUAUACAGUCCUUUCCCUGUUUCGUAACAGAGUUCUAUUGUAGUUUAAUUAUUUUUUUCUCAUUCUGGACAGCACCACCAACGUGUAAAUUAAUAUGUAGACGGAAUAAGGAAUCCAGGAAAAGAAAAAGAAAUUGAGUAAGGGAUGCCAAAUAAAUUUGGUAUGGUGCGCAUUAAGUGCAGUAAAGGGUAACCCAAAAUUAGGGCCUGGAACUAAGGGCAAUCUCGUCUCCAGACCUACCCUGCUGGCAUUAAUCGUGGCAUUCAUAUUAGCAUGAUAAAUUGAAUAAAAUAAUAAUAAGUUUA